AUGUCCGCUGAGAAGAGGGACUCGAAGCGUCGCUGUGCUUCCAAGAAGGCAUACUACGAGCGCCACAAGGAGCGUCUGCGAGAGGAAGCGCGUCGGAGAGCAGCGCAAAAAAGGGACGAAGGCACCAAAGUAGCCCAGCGUCAAUGUCAGAAAGAUUACCGCGAGAGGAAUGCGUGGAUUCUGCAACUGCGACGUCUGAAUCGCUAUCGAAAGAUAUACAUCCAGGAGAAUGGAGUUCAGGCGUUCCGAGAGCGCUUUGUGUCGCGCCUCUCGCGGUCGUCACGCCAAGCUAUUCCGAAGGGCUAUCUGCUCGAAGACCACGACGAUGAGGUCCUCGAGCCAAUCUAUACGUACUAUCAUCACCCGCCCCCUCUGUAA